AUGCUUAGUAUCUCGAUUUUAGCUGGAGCUGUCGCUGCUGCGGCAGUCCUCUGUAUUGGAUACGUGGUGUAUAACAUCUUCCUGCACCCACUGCGUAACUUUCCUGGUCCGCUUGUCUGUCGGGCUUCCCCAUUGUAUCGUCACUAUAAGUUCUUGCGUGGAGAUCUCUUGUUCGUGACUAAACGUCUGCACGACGAAUAUGGCCCUGUUGUGCGAGUGUCGCCCAACGAGCUGUCUUUCAUUGAACCCGAGGCAUGGAAAGACAUAUAUGUCCCUCAUGGAGGCUCAGCUCGACUUGGAGAUAUGGCCAGAUAUGAUAGAUUCUAUCAGUGGGCUGGCCCCAACGCUCCAGAGACCAUCGUCUCAUUGGAUAGGUCGUAUCAUGAUUCUAUGAAACGCCAACUCGCGCCGGCUUUCUCAGAACGAUCGUUACAGUUCCAGGAGCCCAUUAUCCAAGGAUAUACAGAUACACUUAUCCGCAAAUUGACAGAGGUUUCGAAGAACGGACAACACCCUGUCAAUUUGCGUGAGUGGUUCAACUACUAUACUUUCGAUAUUAUUGGAAACCUUGGAUUCGGAUCUGACUUUGGAGGCCUUGAAUCCGAGGAAUAUCAUCCUUGGGUCAAGGCCGUGAGUCAGAAUAUUAGAGAGUUUUCCUUCAUGCAGGUAUUGAUGUACUUGGGACUUCAAUCAGUUGUUCAUGCGUUGGCAAACAGUUCCAUCCUAAGAGGCAAAGUACUGCACGAACACCUAACGCGAGAGAAGGUUGAGGCUCGUAUGAAGCAAGAAAAGCCAAGACCCGAUAUAUUCCAACCACUCCUUGACCGAAAGCCACCUCUGACACUAGCCCAACUGAUGGAAAAUGCAUCGCAGUUGAUCACAGCAGGCUCGGAGAGUUCUGUCACUCUGUUGGUGGCCGCAGUCUCUCUACUGACUGACAAUCCUGCCACAAUGCAGAAGCUGGCUCAGGAAGUCCGUUCGUCUUUUAAGAACGAGGACGAAAUCACCUUGACGUCUGUCAACCAAUUGACCUACCUCGCUGCUUGCUUGAACGAGGCCCUGCGCUGCUUUCCCGCCGUCCCACCUGCGUUACCAAGAGUCGUUCCCCGUGGUGGUGCUGUCAUUGCUGGCCAUGCGGUACCAGAGAAAACGGUUGUCUAUGUUGCUUCAUGGGCCGCAAACCACACUGAACGACACUUUGCAAAGGCUUUCGAAUAUCAUCCUGAGCGUUUUCUGAAGGACCCCGAGUUUUCUGAAGACCGCUUCGAUGCAUUCCAGCCCUUUGGGUUAGGUCAUGGAAAUUGCCCAGGUCGCAAUCUCGCUUGGGCUGAAACACGCCUCGCAAUGGCCCGCCUUGUUUACAAUUUUGACAUUGAAUCAGUGCCGGAAAGCAGAGAAUGGACCAGCAAACAAAAAGCAUACAUGCUGUGGGACAAGAAACCUUUCUGGGCGGUACUUAAGCCUGUACGGUAA